AUGGUUCGAACACCCACCACGCCACAACGAAGAGCCAGCACAGCAAAACAGGCUGCUCCCACCGAGUCAUCUGCAGCUGCCGCUCUCGGAAGUAUGUCUUCCUAUGAGUCAAUAGGAGAUUUGUUCAAAAAGUAUUCCAUAAAACAGAUCCGAAUGUACAAGGAAAAUAUCGACGAAGAUAUUUCUCUUAAACAAAAUCAACUUCGUGAUCUAGUGGGAGAGAGGUACAAAGAUAUUAUUGAAGCAGCUGACUGCAUGGAAUCGAUUCAACAACUAUGUUUGGCUUCAACCAAUCAGUUCGUUGAAAUGACCACACUUAUCGAUGAGUAUAAAAACAAAUCCUUCGACAACCCUCCAUCGUCACAACUUGUGGGCAAUAUUACAGAGAAUAUCAAUCCAAAAUUGCAAUACAAGAAUUUAUCACAAGUUAUUGAUUGGCUGCUAAUUUGUGUGGAGAGUAACAUGUACUUUUAUGGCUCCGUGUGUUGUAUCGUAAUUGAGAAAAUUUUGAAUUCCAACAUGGCAAUGUCAUCUGUAAAGAUUCGAGAAUUUCAGAGGCUUAAGAAAAAAUUGGUUGUAAAAUGUAAAAGCGCCUUAAGAUCUCAAACUAGUGACAUGAAUUACAUUCAAUGCUUACUCUCUCUAAUGUUGUGUGAAAAACAAAACGGUGAGGAUGUGCUUCGCUCGUUUUUACAUGAGCGAGAAUCAUUUAUGGAUGAAGCCGCAAGAUGCAAAGAUGACAUUCCAACAAGCACAAAAAUUGAAGUGAUCGAUAUUAUUUUUGACAUAUUUUACGAUACAAUUUUUAUUUCGAACAACUUAUUUAAAUGUAAUGAUGAUGAGAUAUUUUUGAAUCAAUUUUUUAGAAAACUAGUAGACAUGAAUUUCCUGAAUGUUUCUGCAAGAAUGAGCCUCAUUCGAAAGCAAGAUCAUCAAUUUGAUUUACUCAGUAACGAGAAAACUAUUUCAACUCUAUACAAGGGAGCUUUUCCUAAAAUUUUCAAACUAUAUGCUAUCACUUCUGUGGAAAGUACAAUGAAUUCUUCAUUUCACUCCAUCGAUCAUGAAAUUACUGUCCAUAAUUGGAUAAAGGAAAAGGUCGAAUAUGUGAGAAACCUUUUUAACAAUAUGAUACACCACACACAAAAUAUUCAUGAUCUUGUAGCGAUUAAAAACAAAUUGAGAGAAAAGAUUGUUGAUAGCUCUACCAAGGAAGCCGAAAAGAGGUUUUCAGUGAUUUUAAAGAGCUGUUGUGGAUUUUCUCCUGAAUUUGAUAACGAAUGUGCCGUAAAAAAACUUUGGAAAGAUACUGUUAUAGGCCAAAUUGAACCUAGGAGUCUAUGGGACUUUUUGCACAGCUCGUGCAUCAAGAAAAAACACUCACUCAUCACCUCUCAACUCCACUCUCUCACAUUUAAUAUAGAAACUACUGAAAGCAUUACUUAUUCCAACAUUGGGGAGGAAAUAUGGAAAACUCCAAUCAUUGAAGCCGAUUUACUAUUUGACAGAUUCAUCAACAAUAGUAAGAAAAAUUAUUUCUCAACAACAAAUUCUGAAGACAAGACCACUUUCAAAAGCAUCAUUACUGUGCAUGGAACUACUAAGGAAGUGAGAAGAAAAGUUAGACAUGAAUUGUUUGAAGAGCAGCUUUUACCACUUUGCAAAGACAUCUUUGAGCUUAUCGACGAUGUUCAAUCUCCAGAAGAGCAUGCUGAAUUACAGAACUUGAUUCUCGACGAAUUUUUUCGAUUUUUCAAUAAUUUAGUUUUUUCAAUACAAGAAGCAAUACGGAAUCCAACCACAAUCAUGCGUGAUUCAACUGCAUCAUUGAUUGACAAACAACUAUACUGUGCCAGAGUUCUCCAAUCGCUAAGAAAAUUAUAUAUUGAUCUCUUUUUGGAAAUUUAUACAAGACUGUCAUUAUUUGGAAAUGGUGAAGAUUCUUUUGUUUCAUUGAUGAGAAAAACCAAAACACAAAUAGCAAACCUCAAACAAAAAUCUAAAAAGGCAACCCCCUUAAAGGAAGAUAUGACAACUAAUCACCUCCUCAAAUUCAUUGAGAUUGAAAAUAGAUUCGGAUCAGUUUAUUUGGAAGCAUUUGAGGAUUGGAUUAACAAGCAAUCGGAACAUUUCGCCAAACAGAUACAACACGAGUUAGAUCAUGACCAACAAUGGAACAAACCCACACGAAAAGAACUGUGGCAAACUUUUUCCAACGAGAAAGAUGGAGAAACAUUCAGUCUACCGUUCAGAACAUCAUAUUCUGUCUUUCAUGCGUUACAUGAACUGUCUAUUUCUAUUUACUCCAUCGGAGAUUUCAACAUUGACAAGAGUGUCACAGACAAGUUAUCUGAGGUCACAGCAUAUCGUGUAUUCAGCACUUACCUCCAUUGGCUUGAACGUAAAAUAGAAGAGGCAAAGACUCUACAGAAAGAGCAAAUCGAUGAAUUGAACACUAGUAAGGAACGAUUAUUAGAAAAUUCCACAACAACAAGGACGGAUAAAACACAAGAAUCUUCCGAUCUUAACAAAAUUGAAGAGAUUGAAAUCAAAGUUUUGAAAGAAGGUCCCAUUCCCACAAUGGAAAAGAUGAUCUGUGAAGAAGGUUUCUUGCAAAUCCUUUUCGAUGUACGAUAUUUGGCACAUGUAUUUUUUGGCUCUCAACUCACUUAUGAAAAGCUUUCUCUCAAACCACCUUCCGCACUCGACAGUAACGAGAAAUUAUUUGUCAAGUUGGGAACACUAAUUUUGGACCACAUUGAUCCCAUUAAUUGGGAAACCUUUGAAAAAGCAUUUAACAUUUCUGUCUUGCAAUGUGUGAACAGGAACUUGUUAUUCACACCCAAUUUGUGUAAAACGAGUCUGUUACCGCUGACCAAGGAUCAGACACCACUGCUUGUAGGUUACGACUCUCCACUACUGGUUGCCAAUAUGUCCCCUCAACAACAACUUGGAAUUUCAAGCAGCGACAAUGAUGCCUUCUUCAAAUUAUGCAAGCCAGAAUCGAUCCCCAUUCACCUAUUACCAAUACCAAAACGAGAAUUAAGGAUGAAUUACAUGAGCAACAACUAUAACAAUUCAUCACAUCACAUUAAUGAGCAUUUCCAAGACUCUUAUGUCCUCACCACCUCCAAUCAUGCAGCAUCAUUUGUUUCUGAACAUGGUUUGCCACACGAGGCAGGAAGCAAAACCGACAACACCUCAUCAUCUGAAACUUCUGCUGCAACAGUUUUUGGCAGCUUUUUCAGUUCUCUCAUCUCAGCACAGAAUCAACAAAAAACAGAGACAGAAAAAGAGACACCCUCAAGAGGCUUUGCUUUCACGUGGUUCUAA